AUGUGCUACGACCCUCCUUCUCCUUCCUCCCCUCAACUCCCUCUCUCGUCCACCACGAACCUACCACCAUCAUCGUUCCACCCCGCCCACGCCCACCUAACACGACACACACACUCACCAGCAUCCUGCUCCCGCCCCAGAUUACGUCCUCCCUCCUCCAGCUCUGCUCCUUUCCCACCGUCAUCCGCCGCAAAUGGGUCAGGCGGUAUGGGGCCUGCGAGGACGACUAGAGCCAGGAGGAAUGAUAGCAUACCUGGCACUUUCCCGCCUCCUUUUGGUAUUCACCUGAGGCCCCAUGUCAUUGUUAUUCCAGGGAGUAGGAUGGGUAGUUCCCGGGGAGUAUUUUGGGUGCAAUGGCGCAUGCGGGCAGUUCCUUGA